UUUAAGUUUAAGCCAUUGAACUUGGAAACCCGGCGGCUACGGCCCGCUAAAAAGGAAGGCCCCUCCCCUCCCGCCGUUUCAUUGGUUGUGUCUUUCGGGGAAGGGCACGUGACCCUCCUCGGAUGUUUGGCGUCCACUCCGUGUGGGAGGCUGUAGGAGGGAAGUGGAUGGCGCUGCCAUCAGUUCACAAGUGCCUCCAAGUGAGUGACGGAAAGUGGCACCCCGAGCGGCUUCUGUCAGUGUCUAGAGAGACGCAUCCGGUUCACCUGAAGGCGGUGGCAGCUGGGCAGCUCCCGCUGUCUCACCGCAUCUUCUGCCCUUGUUCCAAACACACAACAGCCUCUCUUGUCCAUUGAGGUCCUCUGCAAAUUUCCUUCUUACUGCCGCACCCCGUCCACCCCGUGUUAUCUGCAGCGAGAGCCAUUUGGGUUGUAGUAUCUCACUUUAGGAAUAAUAAUAAUAAUAGUAAUAAUUUAUUAUUUAUACGCCGCCCAUCUGGCUGGGUUUCCCCAGCCACUCUGGUCGGCUUCCAACAAAACACUAAAAUACAAUAACCUAUUAAACAUAGGAAUUCCCUCUAAAUGUUUUCCUGGUGCCAAUUUUAGUUUUCUUUUUGGUGUUGGGCGACAGGCAAAGAACUUUCUAUUCUAGGUUAGGUUUUGCAAAUAUUUUGAUUAAAGGGAGAACGUCCUUAAAGAAGGAAAGCUAAAGUAGGAUGUUUUACACAGUGAGAACUAUUCCAUUGCACUAGUUAACUAACUGCAUCUGUUCCUAACAUAAGAAACAUUUUUUCCUUCCCUUUUCCAGCUCCAUCAAGAAAAUCAGUUGUUGCUUAAAAAGCUGAGGCAUGUACGCCUAAAAAACAAGCAGUUGGAAUACGAUUGGGCACAGUUACAAGAACAACUGCAAGGGCAAAAGAAGUUACUGCCUACUUGUGUCACAAAGAAAGAGUAAGACUAUAUCUUUGCUCCUUAGAUGUCCAUGUUCCCAGCUAAAGAUUGGGUUUAGACCCAGCCAGCAUAUCCAAUGGCCAGGGGGUGAUGGGAUCUAUGGUUUGACAAACCCUUGGUCAGGGAGAGCACAGGUUGUAGUUUGCUGUGCAUCAGGUUUGAAGUAAGGUUGCACUAUGCAGCCUGGGAAAUAAUUUUAAACACUCUUCAAAAUAUUUAAAUUUGAGUUUUGGGAGUGUUCAUAUGAUGACUCAUGAAAAAGGAUGUUUCUGGAUAGAUGGAUUUAUACUUUUCUCUUGAAGGAUAAAUAUUGAACAUUAAUUCCUCUUCUUGACUCAUUAGAUUUUUGGGGAUGAUUAGACAGAUAUUGUCUCCCAUGUGCAGCCAUGCUCUGUAAAUUGUGCUGGGUCUUCAAAUAGCUCAUUAUAUACUUCCACAGACUUCAUAGCUUUCUAAUGUACCUAAUGCAGACAGCCAUGAGAUAUUAUAGGAAAGCUGACUUAAGAAGCAGUCAGAAUCCAUAAUUGCUCUUAUGGUAAUAUUUGAUGUAGUACUUUAGGUAAUAUUUGCACAGUUUUUACAUUAAAGUACUCCUAAAGCAAGCCUGUGUGAGUUGAAGACAUUGAACAAGGAUUAUGUUAACAGUAGUAGUUUAUAUAUAAUAAUAAAAAUAUGGGGCAAGUAAAUUUACCAUUGAAUGAAUUACUUAUUCAUUGUCUGAAAAUGUGAUAUAUUAAUGCUUUUUAAGAGGUGGAAAUAUUAUUUUUUCUGAAAAAAAUAUUUGUCUGAGCAAAAAGAAACCCAUUUCACCAAAUGUAAAUCUUGACUGUCCAGCUGAAAAAAAUUAAUGAACAUAUAUAUUCAGUUCCUCCCAUAUACAUUUAUAUCUCAUCUUUUUCCAGUCAUACCCCAAAGCAGUGUACAUAUGGUUCCUAGGGUGUCUCCUAUACAGGUACUUGCCAGACCUAGACCUGCUUAGCCUCAGCAAACUGAUAGCCUUCAUACCAUGUUCUGAUGUGCAUGUGCCUUUAGACCAUGUGACCAUGUUCUAUGAUCAAUGAUAAUGUACUUUUUUGAACUUCCGUUAUCUCACUGCUGUUUUUCCUAAUAUAUCCAGAUGAUAAAAAUCAAAAUACAAGUAUGUAGCUUUUGAGGCCACAGAUUAUUUUUCACAUUAACGUUUUUAAUUGCUUCAGAAUAUACAAUUAAGAGAAAAAUGUUCAUGCUUGGGGAAGAGAUUUUAAGUUAUCAUAUUUGUUUAACUUAGUGUGCCAGUUCAAACAGAAAUCCACUUACCCCUUAAAGACGAUGGGUUUUAUCGUAAGGAACGUGAAGGAGUAAAGGAAAAUGCUAGGUAAGUUGUGCAAGUAUAGUUAGAUGUAUCUCUGCUAUGAAUCUGAUUCUUUGCAUAUUUACUUAAAACAUUAGUCCACUUGUGGUCAUGGAAAUGUAUUUCCAGUUAAGUGUGAAUAGUAUUGCAGCAGAGGAUAAAGAAAAACAAUUCCUCCUCAUUUUUCUUAAAUGAACUUCUGUUUUGGCAUGUUACAGUUUUGUCAGUGGAUUCUUUCAAUUUACUGCUGUGUGAGUUACAUUAUUUUCUCAUAAUGAACAGUUAGUAUCAGUUAGCAAAUCUUGCUUUUGUCAGCUAGGCCAUUCUAAAAUUGUGUCACCAAGUCCUCAGUUAGAUUCUUUUUACUCUAGAUCUCACUGGGGACAGUAGGGAAUUAGGGUUCCCCUUCCUGCUGCCACGGCUGUUAUUGCUAUAGUCUUUCUCAGAUCUGUAGAGUUGGGCAGGGAGUCCUUUUCUGCUGGUCAUGUCUCUAACUUCCCCAUCUCAGCUUCCUUCUGCUCCAUUCCCCAGCUGAGUUGUAGUCCUGGAAGUGUGGCCAGCGGUGAUAGGCCAAGGGCAGCCCUGAGUUUGUUGGUUCUUCGACGCCUCUCCCGGUAUACUUGCCUUUUCUCUUUUUUUUACUCACCAUUGUCACCCACACCCAGCCACUCCACCUCCAUAAACCUCAUCUUUCACAUCCUGGAUUUCAAUGUUUAUUAAAUCAAAUCAAAACAAAACAAACAUUUUGCAUGUAGUGAAUGGAAUCCACCAAGUCCUGCUGCCAGAUGCUGCCAGUUCUUUUCGGAGGGGUUUGAACAAGCAUUUCUAUAUCUGUAUUAGGAAAAUCAGCAGUUUAUUAUCAUUCUUGUCUGUUUGCUGUUCCAGAGUACUCCAGUUGUAUCAUAAUCUACAGAAAAGGUAUAAUAAAGAAUUAAAAACAAACCAAGGACAAUGUGAAACCAUUGCAAGACUUUCUGUAAGUUCUGGUCAUAUGAUUUCAUGUAAACUGUUACUUUAAAAGAAUGCUCAAGAUUUAGGGCUUGUCCACACUGGAGUUUACUGUGUGUUUUCAGCUAUUUGUGUUUCCAUCUAAUUUGCAUAGUCCUCAUAACAUUUCCCUCAAACAAUGCCAAUCUCAGUGAUUCCCUACUGUAAAUUAGGUUUUAUCUGAUAUGGGGAUAAUACAAUAAGUAGUGGGGUGUUAGGGGAGGAGUCUUCUUUAGGCUGGCAUUUUAAUGGCCAGGAUUAGUCAAGUGUUGGAUAAUUAACCAUAAUUUAAUUGGACAUUUUGUUUUUAUUGUGCCUUGUUUUAUUUUUAACUGUUACUAUAAGCUCCAAACUCUUGGGAAGCAUGGGAUAGACAUUAGCUUUUAGCAUCUGAUGUAGCAAAGGUGAUUUGCAUAAAGAAAAAAAUAAGCAAGCAGAUAUUUUAUUUAAAACAUGGCUGCAAGUUUAAGAUCCUGUGGGUUAAACCACAGAGCCUAGGACUUGCCGAUCAGAAAGUCGGCGGUUCGAAUCCCCGUGACAGGGUGAGCUUCCAUUGCUUGGUCCCUGCUCCUGUCAACCUAAUAAGAAUAAUAUAAUAAUAAAUUUUAUUUAUAUCCCGCCCUCCCCAGCCGAAGCCGGGCUCAGAGCGGCUAACAACAAUAAAACAGUACAAAAGUACAGCACAAACAACACUCUAAAAUCAUUCAUUAUAAAAUUAAUUAAUUCAAGCCACUGGCAACCAUUGGGCCAGAGCUCCGCGAAGAUUGCCGAGGGAGGGAGUCAGGCUGUGCCCUGGCCAAGGCCUGGUGGAACAGCUCUGUCUUGCAGGCCCUGCGGAAAGAUGUCAAGUCCCGCAGGGCCCUGGUCUCUUGUGACAGAGUGUUCCACCAGAUCGGAGCCACGGCCGAAAAGCCCUGGCUCUAGUUGAGGCCAGCCUAACUUCUCUGUGGCCUGGGACCUUCAAAAUGUUUUUAUUUGAAGACCGUAAGUUUCUCUGUGGGGCAUACCAGGAGAGGCGGUCCCGUAGGUACGAGGGUCCUAGGCCGUAUAGGGCUUUAAAGGUUAAAACCAGCACCUUAAACCUGAUCCUGUAUUCCACCGGGAGCCAGUGCAGCUGGUAUAGCACCGGGUGAAUGUGAUCUCGCAGCGAAGACCCCGUAAGGAGUCUCGCUGCAGCAUUAUGCACCCGCUGGAGUUUCUGGGUCAGUCUCAAGGGCAGCCCCACGGAGAGCGAGUUACAAUAAUCCAGUCUGGAGGUGACCGUUGCGUGGAUCACAGUGGCUAGGUCAGGGCGAGAGAGGUAAGGAGCCAACUGCUUAGCUUGGCGGAGAUGGAAAAAUGCCGCCUUUGUUGUAGCUGCAAUCUGCACCUCCAUGGAAAGGGAGGUGUCGAAGAUUACACCCAAACUCCUAACGGACGGUGCUGGCACUAAUUGUGCCCCCGCAAGAGAUGGGAGUUGCCCCCCCCAAUCCCAUAUCGUCCCGUCCCAGCCACAGGACCUCUGUCUUCGAAGGAUUUAGCUUCAACCGGCUCCCACGUAACCAUCCAGCCACAGCUUCCAAACAUCUGGUCAGUGUGUCUGGGGCCGAGUCAGGAUGGCCAUCCAUCAACAGAUAGAGUUGGGUGUCAUCAGCAUACUGAUGGCAACCCAGCCCAAAACUCCGGACAAGCUGGGCGAGGGGGCGCAUAAAGAUGUUGAAAAGCAUCGGGGAGAGUAUCGUAUCCUGAGGUACUCCACACACCAAGGAGUGGGGCGAUGACAAUUCCCCCCCAAGCGCCACCCUCUGUCCCCGACCAGAGAGAAACGAGCGCAGCCAUUGAAGGACUGUGCCCUGGAUCCCCACGUCGGCAAGGCGGUGGUCCAGAAGUUCGUGAUCGACCAUGUUGAAAGCUGCUGACAGAUCUAGAAGAAUCAGCAGCCCCGACCCACCUUGAUCCAGCUGUCUACGAAGAUCAUCUGUUAGGGCAACCAGAGCCGUCUCGGUCCCAUGACCAGCGCGGAAGCCGGACUGGGAUGGAUCCAGAGCCGAUGGACCUAGAAGUUCGAAAGCACCUCAAAGUGCAAGUAGAUAAAUAGGUACCGCUCCGGCAGGAAGGUAAACAGCGUUUCCGUGUGCUGCUCUGGUUCGCCAGAAGUGGCUUAGUCAUGCUGGCCACAUGACCCGGAAGCUGUAUGCCAGCUCCCAGCCAAUAAAGCGAGAUGAGCGCCGCAACCCCAGAGUCGGCCAUGACUGGACCUAAUGGUCAGGGGUCCCUUUAUCUUUUUUUUUAAUGGAUGAAAGGCAUUGUGUUUAGUGUUUGGACUUGCUUGCAUAGUGCAUUUAUUGGAUUGGAGCUGCUUGCACCCGUGCCAACAGAUGAGUGUAGCUGACAGCCCUGAAGACGCUUGUAAAAGUUCAGAUAACUGACACAAAAUGAACAAUAUGCAAUGUAUGACAUGUUGCAGGCAUAGAUUGAGUCAAUAAUAUUUCUCAUUUCCAUCUCACACUUGCAUCUUUUGAUUUUGAUGGGAAUCUGUCUCCUUUUCUCUCAUUUUUGUUGCUAGCUUCUGAUGCCAAUAAAGUUUAGUAAAGUGUGUAAAGUGUGCUUCCAAGGAUGCUAGAUACAAUAUUAAUUUAAAUGCUUAUUACAAAUACUCUAUUUUAUCAUAGAUUAAAAUUAAUGAUAUGGAACACCAACUUCACUUAGCAAACCAAAAGAUGAAGGAGCUGGAAAGUAAAAAGAUGUUACCAAAGGACAAAACUGAUCCACUACAGAAAAAAAAUGGGUCUUACAAAUGUGUGUGUAAAAAGAAGGGGAGCUGUUCUUGCAAAUAUUUAGGUAAACAUAUACUUUGUUAUCAUGUUUCUUCGGCAUGUUAUGUCUGAAUAAAGUUAUUAAAAUUAUAACUGAAACAGUAUCAACAAUAUCCAUGGAGGUUUCUAGCUAGCUGGGUUAAAUUCCAAUACUUUCUUUGAUACAGGGUGUUAUUAGAAAAGAAAAUUGCCUGAAGAUAUAAGCAUAUUUUUAAAAUUAUGAAUAUGUUACAUGAUUUUAUCUUUUAGUGAGCUCCUAAUGGUUUUUAUUGUACUAUAGACCAACUGCUUUUUGAGAUUCAGCGUCUGAAGAUGGAAAAUGAAUCAUUAUCUAAAGAAAGAAGAAUGUUGAGAAAUGAGCUUGCUGCGUUAGAUAAGGUAACUUUAUCAUUACUUAUUGCACAUUUAUAUCAUCUUUCUGCCUAAACAUCCAAGGUGAUUUAGUUUUCAAAUACUAAAACAAAUAAAUGUUAUAAAAUGUAAAGUGGGGGAGAAGGGACAAUCCGACUGGACAGGUCGCAGGAUAGGGGCAGUCCAACAGUUUAGGUUUAAUAAAUGAGCAGUUGAGGUAAUUUCUUUGACUGGUCUUUUUGAGUGUACAAAAAAACACACACCCCAAACCAACUGAGAAAUUAACUUAAAAAAUCUGUAAUCAAGCCUUCAGUACCACACUGUGAACUUGUCCAGAAGAUAAGCCCUCUAAUUACUUGUUGUAUAGGAUUUGGCACACAUUGCAGUUCACAAAAUCUUCCAUAGAUUAGAAUCUUGCAUCUGUUAGAUGUUGAGAGGAGUAAUAUUCCAAUCAAAUUAAAAUUUGGACUUUUCAUUAGCAAAUCAUGAGUUCUUGUAAAACUUUUUUUUAAAAAAAGAUGGUUUGUUUCCUAUAAGACUAUUUCAGUGAUGAAUACAAGAAUGGACAAACUAGAAAGUAGUACUUAAUUAAAAUACUGUGUGUGGUAUUACUUUUUAGGAUUUUUUUGAUGAAAUAGAAGAUCUAAAAUAUGCACUUCAAGAAGCCAUAAAACUUAAUACUCAAUAUGAAAAGUGUUUGAAACAACUAAGUUCAACAUAUGGAAUCACUUUUACAUCAACUUUAACAGCUGGUAGCCAUCGUGGAACUUUAAAUAAAUCGUGGAAAUAAAAUGUUCAACCAAGAUUAUGAAUAAACAGUUUAAUAUUGACUGUACUUUGUAAUAUUAACUUGCUUAUGAGGAAGGCACUUAUUUUGCAAUAAAAUCAUGACUUUGACC